GACUGUUGUCAAAUUUACUCAGAUCCAAGAUACCUUGGAUCGAUUAAAGUGGUACUGGACAUAGUGUCUCCUUGACGCUUACUGACCAUGCGCACAACUGGGAUUUCACCACUUAACGAAGCUAUUGUCCACAAGAUAUGCUCAGGCCAAGUAGUUGUAUCUCUCGCCUCUGCCGUUAAAGAAUUAGUGGAGAACAGCAUUGACGCUGGCGCCUCGAAGAUAGAAAUAAAGCUUAAAGAGCAUGGCAGCGAAUCGAUUGAAGUGCUUGAUAACGGACAUGGGAUAAAGGAAGCGGACUUUGAGACAAUUAGCAGGAGACAUUCAACUUCCAAGUUGCGAGACUUUGACGGCAUUCAAUCGGUGAACACUUUCGGUUUUCGUGGUGAAGCUUUGUCUUCCUUAUGUCAACUUGCGAAAGUUGUCUUGCACACAUGCGCUGCUGAUGCUGCGGUUGGGACUCGCGUGGAGUUUGAUUCCAACGGGAACAUCACAUCUCGGCGUCCACUUGCGCGACCAUCCGGCACCACGGUUAUCGUGAACCAAUUAUUCCACGAUCUUCCGGUUCGCCGGCGCCAGCUCUUAGACCCCAAGCACCUGGCAAAGGAAUUCACCAAGUUGGUGAACUUAUUGACUGCUUAUUGUCUUGGUGCCGCUGGGGUUCAAAUAACUUGUUAUCGGCUCACAACAUCUGGGGAAAAAUCAUUGGUCGUCUCCAACGGCUCUGCUGACUCCAUCCGAACCAAUAUCUCCUCUGUCUACGGAUAUGCGCAAUUGAACAGUUUGAUCCAGUUGGCCCAUAUUGAUGAGAUUCCUGCUGAAAUUCUCGAUGAAUUCAAUUUGAAACCGUCCGAAGAAUUGAAGUCUAUCAGCCUGCAAGGCUUUAUCAGUAGACCAGCAAACGACACAGCAAAUAAUUCCCCGGUUUCCACAGGCCGUCAGUCUUCCACUGGUCGUUCAUCAGCCGAUCGACAGUUUGUUUACAUAAACAAACGGCCUUGUGACAUGGCAAGAGUUACACGACUUGCCACUGAUUUGUGGCGCCGUUGUUGUCGUGAAGCUCUUUCUGUCUCCACCGACGGGAUCCGCAUGCCCAUUCAAAGUGCUUGUUCCCAGUUCCCGUUUCUAAUCCUGAUGUUCGAUUUACCUACUGCAACUGUGGACAUCAAUUUGACUCCUGACAAGCGAACGCUCCUGCUGCAUCACGAGCGGUAUGUGUUGGCGUUCACCAAAGCGGUUCUGGUACGGACGCUUUUUGAAUCCAGGGGCAUUGAUCUGGCCUCUUUGACUAAUCAUUGUGUCAGCCUUGAUCAUUCUGUUAUACCCCUGUCGGACGGUUCACCGAGGCGUGAUGACACUUCAUUCCUCUCCUCUGACGCUAUCACUCCUGAUCGCAAGCGUCACUCCUCCUCAGCGCUAUCAAAUCCACUUCCAAAACGAGCUACACCAGACGUCUUGAAUUUUCAUCCACAGUCUGCGGGCAGUUCUACCUCGACUCCAGUACGAGGCGCCGCUAGGCCUGUCGUGUCUUGCCAGGAGAUGUUAGAGAUGAGUGUUAUCCAAACUCCUGCUUCUGGCACCUCGGUUCAGCUUGAGAACAGGAAGCUUGAAGACAGUUAUUUCAACGAGUCGGAAUCGCUUCAUUCCAAAUCUAUAACAGUGGACUUCUCUCUGGAUGAUCUAAGGGAACGAUGGCAUGCUCCACCGGCCGGCAACACCCUGGACACCCUAAAUGUGGAUUCCCACAGCUUUUCUCUCGGUUACUUUCGGGCAACACAAGAUGAGAACGCCGAAUCCGAACUUUCGACUUACUUCAGCAAAUCGUCAUUCGGUGAGCUCCAGAUCGUCGGCCAGUUUAAUCUGGGAUUCAUCAUUGCACGACACCGAAAAGAUCUGUUCAUUAUUGAUCAACACGCGAGUGAUGAGAAGUGCCGGUUCGAACAACUGUGCGAAAAUUACCGCUUUUCGUGUCAGCCUUUGGUCUGCCCUCAACAACUAGCUCUACCCAUCAGCCAAGAACAGCUACUUUUGAAUAAUUUGGACGUUUUCGAGAAGAACGGAUUUUUAUUUAAAGUGGAUCACGCAGCUCCUUGCGGACAGCAAGUGCACUUGGUUGCUACACCCAUGCUGGAAGACAACGUGUUUGGACGAUCAGACAUCGAAGAAAUGCUGUUCGUUCUUGCUGAGGGUUGCUCCCGUCGAUGUCGCCCGUCCCGACUGCGCGAUAUUUUGGCUUCUCGAUCUUGUCGAAGCGCCGUCAUGAUCGGAGAUGCGUUGGAUCGAGGCAAAAUGCUCCGCAUCGUCCGUAACAUGGCAGGCAUGGACCACCCGUGGAACUGUCCACAUGGGAGACCAACCAUUCGGCAUUUAUUCUCUCUCGAUCGACUUGUGGAGGAUUAAACCCUGAUACAUUCUUUUUCCAACUCCCAGAUAUUUUUAUAUCCCUUUUUAUCAUUUCACACUGAGAUUUUUAUCUCUAUUUCGCCUCUUGCGAUCUUUUUGGAAAUACAUACUAUACAUAACUUUACUUCCA